CCCAAUCGUCGUCUAUGUCCCGCCUCUUCGGUGACGCAAAGGCGGAACCAGCCAAUCCCUGCACCAAUAGCGCCCGGAAGAGGCUAGAGGCAGGUUUCAACGUGUCCGCGACCUCACCGCUGGAGUACUUGAGGGACGGCCCAGGCGGCAGGAUGUCCUGGUCUGGCCUUCUCCGUGGCCUCAACACGUCCCUAACUUGUGGCCUAGCUCUGGUUCCCCGGCUCUGGGCCACCUGCUCCAUGGCUACUCUGAACCAGAUGCACCGCCAGGGGCCUCCCAAGCGGCCGCCUCGGAAGUUGGGCCCCACAGAAGGCCGGCCGCAGCUGAAGGGCGUGGUCCUGCGCACGUUCACCCGCAAGCCCAAGAAGCCCAACUCUGCCAAUCGCAAGUGCUGCCGUGUGCGGCUCAGCACGGGCCGCGAGGCCGUCUGCUUCAUCCCCGGGGAGGGCCACACCCUGCAAGAGCACCACAUUGUCCUUGUGCAGGGCGGCCGCACCCAGGACCUGCCAGGCGUCAAGCUCACCGUUGUGCGUGGCAAGUAUGACUGUGGCCACGUGCAGAAGAAGAAGUGACCGCUGGGGGCCCAGUGGGCUGGGCACCCCUGCAGAACAUGAACCUUCCACUCCGGGCUGCAGCAGGGUCCCUGGAUGCUAGCUCUUGCGCCUCUGGAGGCAGCCAAUCUUGGAUUCGAAGCCUGGCUCUGCCUCUUCCAUCAGGACCACUAUUGAACCAUAGGAGUCCUGGGGGUGCAAAGGGUGCCCCUGUGUGCACAUCCUUGGCUCCUGUGUUUAGAGGAGUGGCCUGAGGGGCCUUUUCUGCUGGAACAAGACACUGUACUGCCCUCUGCUGGGAAGGGGUUUUAAUAAACAGAUCCUGGCGCUCCUGAAGU